AUGCACGAGGCAUUCCAGGUGGAAAUCCGAAGUCGUGGCAUCAACCACAAGCUUCUUCUGAAGUCGGAAGGGAGAAACAUGCAGCAUGUGGCGGGCGCCGCUUUUCGGGCAAUUCUGCAGAACAUCCAGGCCCUUGAGUUGUCCUUUGCCACCAAAGCAGUGGAAUGCUUCAGAAGCGCCGGCGAGGGCCAGCUCAACUACGACAAGACCAUGCAGGCGCUCGGCACCCUGGAGCUCACGGACUUCUUGGGAGAAAUGAGAGAGGCCCAAGGAACAGCAGCACGAGAAGCGAACACAGGUGUCCUGCUGGGCUCGGGUUCUGAGUACCGGCGGCUCUGGACGCUCUGGAGCGAGAACCAGUCUGCGAAUGAACAGUGCUUUCUUUUCAUCGCCUGGCGGGCACAUCGCUUUAGUGAGCCUUCCUUCGUCAAGGAGAUUGCUAUGCCCCUCUUCCAAAUCUUGGACCACAACAGCGAUCAGCUGAUAACCGCUGAGGAGCUGGAGGAAGCCAUCAUGUCGGAGGAUCCGCAGAAACAGCUGACGGAAGAGGCCCGGGCCGAUGCGAAGAAGCUGAGGUCGGAGCUCAAAGAGCUUUUGCUGUAUCAUUGCGAUGCCGCAGCGCCCAACGGAAGCAAAGGGGUCGACUUCCCCGCAUUUUUGGCUUUCAUCUGCGAUGCGCAGGACAAGUGUGCCAUGCGCCGCUACACGUCAAAAGGCCCCGUGGAGUGUAUGGCCCGCUACCACAAGGGCGUUGUGUUCCUGCGCCCUGUGAAUGUGGCCGAGUGUGCCCAACCCCAGGAGCAAGAGGCUCUUGGGCGGUUUUUGUGGGCUUGGUGUCGAGAUGUUUCGACUCGUCUCGCCCAAUCCCAAAAAGCCCCGGCCGCCCCCAAAGUCACAUGUUUUUUGCCAGCCCGACUUGGUUGGUGGCUGCAAGACUCAGGCUCUCUUUAUUCUAAAGCCCCAAAGGCACAAACCCUAAGUUUACAGGCCUGA